UGUGCAAAUACCAACUUUUUGUUGGUAAAUAAAAUAAAAAAAACAAGUAAAAAAUUAAACAAAAAAAACGCGAAAAGGCGGAAAGAACGAGAUUAACUAGCCCAAGUGUGAGGUCAAACACGCGCUGCGUACUGAAAAAAAUCUCAAUCUCAACGACGCCCAUAAGAGGCUUCAAUUUGUGCUUAAAUCCGCUUUUGGAUUUUCGUGCGGAAAUAUAUAGUGCCAGCAGUGGCUGCAAAGAAGUCUGAAAAGGCGCCAUUUUAAAGCGAAAAUAAUAAUACCAAAAACAAAAAAAAAAAAAACAAAUACAAAUGAAUAUGAACAUUGCCAAUCGCUGAGCUGAAACCCUAAAAAUAAUCAAAUAAAAGAAUCCACUAAAUAUUCGUAUGCUUUUGGAGGAGACUAUUGAAUAUUAGCGGACGACGACAUCAGAAUUCGACGUAUCAGCUGGCGUGCAUACAUAAAUCUUCUAUUCUAUUAAGACUUUACUCGCAAAACAAGCCAUUUUACUAAUUGACGAUAUAUACAUACAUAUACGACAAAUAUUUUUCCAGCGUUAUUUUGCAUAUUCUUUAUCGAAAGCCGUUUAGAAGCAACAUUGUUCCCACGUAUCCGAAACUUUUCGCGCAUUAUUCUUGUUAUCGCUUUUACUACUUAUAUAAAUAUAUACAUACACAUAAAUAUAUAUAUAUAUAUGUAUAUAUAUUCAUCGUUUUAGUUUAUGAAAUCGUGUCGACCUGGUCAUUUACAAACAUAUAUUCUCAUAACUUGAAAAGAUACGAGCGCCAUAUUUGUAUUAUUUUAAAAUUAAAAUAACAAAAAACCAAAGCCAAGCCCUUAAAACACAAAGGUAUUCAAAAAAAAUAAAAGGAAAAGUCACUCACAAAAUCAACAACAACAAACAAGGAUAUCAAAAUCUCUGAACAACACUAAUCAAACUUCAACUUGAAUAAGGGGAAAACCACAAAAUUUAUCUAAAAAUUAAAAAUAUCCUAAAUAUAUAUCUAUUUAAAAGAAUACGGCAUUUGCCGCAAUUACCUAAAACCAAUCACCGAAACUCCAACUUCCGUUUUUGCCGCUGUAUAGUAAAAAAAAAAAUACUUACAAACAUAGUGAAUAAAUAAAAAAUAUAUACAUAUAUUAAGAUUCACACACUUCACGGAAACUUGUGCAAUUUUGAACUCUUGCGCUUAAAUACACGCACGCUCUGCACGCAAACAGUACAGUACUGCGCUUAAAUCCACUCAAUUUGUCAACGAUCAGCGCGUGAACAUUUUGCCUACGCAGCAACGCUAAUUGUCCGAUUUUCAUCUUUUGAAAAAAAAAACUGAAACGUAAACGCCACUUAUGGCAUCCCUCGAGGAACAACCAAUCUCUACCAUCACCGCCAUUUCCACCUUUGAUCCGGCUACCACCAAUACCUCUGCUGAUAUCACUUCGACUACAUCCGAUUCUUCCGCCGGUAGUGCUGUUGCCACCGCCGCCGCCUCAAUUGCUGAUAUCUCGCUGGUGUCAACGUUGGAGUCGGAUUUCGGCAAAAGCACCUGUGCUGAAAAUCAACUGCUGCCCUCGGCUGCUCCCGCCUCCGCAGCCAUCACCGGUAACAUUUUAAGCGGCGGUAACAACUCUGCAGGCGCCUCCAGCGCUACGGCGACCGGUAUUGCUGUUAAUUCCAUCGUUGAGAAGCUUGUAAGUUCACUGACCAUUGACAUGGACACUGAGCCGCUUGGAAGUGGCAAUUCAACGUUGUCGUCUCGUGAGUUCAACGGCAACGGAGGUGCAACUACUUGCGAGCAUAAGAGUGUGUCAUCGCGUUCGUCUUCGCUUGCAGGCAAUAUGUUUAGUGAGGUGUUCGAAAAUAAGGGUAGCGAUUUGGAAUCGGGCUCGCUUGAGGAUUCAUGUGGUUCGUUGGGCGCUGAUGGCAUGGACAAGAAUUGCAAGAUAUGCAGCUCGCGCUUAGUAACUCCUCGUGUGCUCUCAUGCCUCCAUGUCUUUUGCGAAUCGUGUUUAGUAAAACUGAUCACAGACGAUUCUAACGGCAAUUCAUCAUCGGCUUCGUCAACUACUUCGACUGCAGGAGAGUUAAUGCCAUUGAAGCCUGUUAUCGAGUGUCCCACUUGCAAACAAGUAACUAUGGUCGGCUCGAAGGGCAUCGAAUCGUUGACCUGCGAUUAUAUCUUAACCAACAUUCUCGAUCUUUCCACCAUCGAAUCGGAGCAGUUGUCGUGCACUUCAUGCAAGAGUAAGGAGAAAGCUAUUUCACGCUGCAGUGAUUGCGCUAAUUUCUUGUGCGGCGGCUGUGAUAAUGCUCAUAAGUAUAUGCGCUGCUUUGAGAAUCACGAAGUUGUCAAGCUUGAGGACUUGCAGAAGUCUACAGCUGACAAGCCAUUGACCAUCCAUAAGCCGCUUUUCUGUAAUGUUCAUACAGCUGAAAAUCUGAAAUAUUAUUGCUUCAAUUGCCAAAUACCCGUUUGCAAUGAUUGUUUGAUUGCCGAUCAUAAAGGUAGUGAGCAUCAUUACGAUGUGAUCGCUAUGGCCGAAAAAUCUGUGCGCGUUGACGUAGAGAACUUGAUGAAGGAAGCCAAAUCAAAGGUUAGUUUUUCUAUGUUAAAUUAUUAAUUUUUUUUUGGAAAACGUUAAUGUAAAUACGAAUACAAAUAUUUACAUAAUACAAAUUAUGUAGUUCAAAUUAGAUUAAAGACCCGAUAGAAUAACAAUAUCGAGUGAAACCAAUGCAUUAAAUAAUAAUCGAUAUAACAGCCAUAUCGUUAUUU